AGGCGCAGUGCCCGCUAGCGGCAGGACGCGCGGGGCACGCCGGGAGGCGCGGUCUGAGCGCGCUCGGCCCUCGCCGCUGGCGGCUGAGGCUGAGGGAGAGCGGCGGCGGGUCGCGAUGCUGCGGCGGAAGCCGACGCGGCUAGAGCUGAAGCUGGACGACAUCGAGGAGUUCGAAAGCAUCCGGAAGGACCUGGAGAGCCGCAAGAAGCAGCGGGAGGACGCGGAGGCGGCGGCGGCCGGCGAGGAGGCGGCGGCCAUCGCGCUGGGCACCGACCACAAGAGCCGGGAGCAGAUCAUCAACGACCGCAUCGGCUACAAGCCGCAGCCUAAGGCCGGCGGCCGCGCCGCCCACUUCGGCACCUUCGAGUUCUAGCGGCGGGGGCGGCCCCGGCUCACCGGGACACGGCGCCUCGGGAGGGGCCCCGGGGCUGGGGGCCGGGCCUCGUAUCCCGUCCGUCCCCCCCCCCCCAUGUUUGGUGUUUGGGUUGUUGGGUUUGUUUUGUUUUUUUUUUUUUAAGUUUGUCCUGUUAACACGCCCAUGAACGCCCCUUGGCCAAGUGUUUUGUUUUAAAUAAAAAUGUUUGGGUUUUUUUUAAAAAAAGAAAAUAAAUCACAUGAGCGGCUUUAAA